CUUCACCCCACUAUGGAGGGGAUAUAAAGACGGGGACUGAGGGGUUGCGCUGGCUGGACUUUGCUCGAGCUGCCAAAUCUCAAUUCCUGACUCGCAUCUUUCUUUCCUCUGCACAAAUUGUGACCUCCUAUCUCCAACUUUCUCUCCAGAACCAUACAAUACUAAAACAUACUCCAACAACAUGCCUCCUAUCGCCCUCGAAGACCCUCCCACCACCACAACCACUGUCAACCCCAAAGACUUGCCUCCGCCCACCCACCCCGGCAAACUGCACGUCCACCGCUCCUCCAAACCCUUCGCGUCCGGCGCAACCUCCCAGACCAGCCUCCCCGCCGGGUCCGUCUUCACGCCCAUCACCGGCACCACGUCCUCGCACAAGGCCUACACCUCGGUCCAGACCGGCCGCGACAGCCACAUCGAGCUGAACUCCGACCUGGUCUACUGCAACCACUCGUGCGCGCCCACGCUGGACUUCGACAUGCACGCCAUGCAGGUACGCGUCGUGGCCGGGCGGGACCUCAAGGUCGGCGAUCCGCUUACGUUCUUCUAUCCGAGUAGCGAGUGGGAGAUGGACCAGGCGUUUGAAUGCAUGUGUGGUGCGGAGUCGUGUAAGGGAUUUAUCAAGGGCGCAAAGGAGAUGUCAAGGGACCAGCUGAAGGGGUACUGGUUGAAUCCGCAUAUUACGGAGUUGUUGGAUGAGAGAGAUGCGAGGGCUGACGCGUCGGGUUCGGCGACGGCUUAGAUUCAUUUAUUAUGUUCUAUGGUUUAGAUGCAUAGAGGGUUGCUGUUUGUGUUGGGGUGUUCUGAGCGUUUUUGUUGUUUAUGUGCGUCUAUGAGGUGCAUGGUGUGGUGCAUGAUGAUAGAGAUAGACGAUCAUACAAUCCUAUGUGUAUAGAUGACAGUCAUACUGUUGUACAAAAAAUGUCAAUGAAUUAAAG